AAAAACAAAAAAAACAAAAAAAAAAAUUGGAGUUGAACAAACGUAGCAACACCUGUUAUUCUGCAUUCAAAUUGAAUUAAACACACGACAGUUGAAACACAUUAGGCGAAGAUCCCAAUUCCCACGAAAGAGAGAAACACAGAAAAAGAGAGAAGAAAACGAUGAAGAAAUUAAACUUGUGUUUGAUUUGGUUGAUUUGGGCAACUAAUUUUUGGCAAUUGGGUACAUCAAUUUGGCUAAAUCUACCAGCAUCUGGCUCUAAAUGUGUUUCUGAAGAAAUUCAGACCAACGUCGUUGUUUUAGCAGAUUACUAUGUUAUUUCCGAUGAUCAUACAUCUCAUGAACCCACAAUUUUUGUCAAGGUAACAUCACCAUAUGGCAAUGAUCUUCACUCCAAGAAAAAUGUUACACAUGGCCAAUUUGCAUUUACUACCCAUGAGGCUGGUAAUUAUUUGGCUUGUUUCUCGGUGGUUGGUCAUAAUCCAAAAGGUUCAGAAGUGAGUGUCAAUCUUGACUGGAGAACUGGAGUUGCUGCAAAGGAUUGGGAAUCAGUUGCAAGGAAAGAGCACAUUGAGGGUGUUGAGCUCGAGUUAAGGAAACUUGAGGCAGCAGUGGAAGCCAUACACGAGAAUCUACUGUAUCUGAAGAACAGGGAAGCCGAUAUGAGAAUAGUGAGUGAAAAGACCAACACCAGGGUAGCAAUGUUCAGUAUAAUGUCUUUAGCAGUUUGCAUUACAGUUUCUGGCUUCCAGUUAUUGUACUUGAAGCGUUACUUUCAAAAGAAGAAGCUAAUCUAGAUUUUUACAUUGUAGAAGAUUAUGUUAAGAGGAACAUGUUUUGAAACAUCCUAAUUUAAAUUUUGGUGAAAAUAGCAUUAUGUUUCUGAUGCGACGAGUACCCCCUGUCCUCUUACUAUAUAUAACACUUAUCUUCUCAUGCACCAUUCCAUUUUUCAAUUUAAAGAGAUUUUUACGUUGUAGAGGAUGAUAUUAAUAGGACAUUGUAUUGAAGAAUCCUAGUAUAUAAAUUUUGGUGUAAAUUGCAUUA